AAGCACAACCAAAGUCAACUGUAGCGACUUGAAGCAAGUAGCUGUGGACACCAAAACCGUGGACGUGCACUGUAACUUCGCCGAAGAGAUCGACACAGUGACCCUAAAAGGUGCAGCCGUUACCAGUCUGUGCUCGGUCUAUGUCAGCGGUG